CGGAAAAGCCCCAAGCCGGUUUCCAGCCCUGGCCAGGAUCUGUACCGGGGUCUCUCGGUCGGGGGGUCGAGGGCAGGUUUUCUGCUGGUGCUGCCCUUGCCUGUCUGGGCAGCAGAGCUGGGACUUCGCUGCGCUGCACACCCCUGCUCAGUCUUGAAGAGGAAGAAUUGCUCAAGGUAUUCGACCCACAGUUUGAACACAUAAUUGGGCUUGGACUUCAUUCCAUUCACUAAUUGGUCUAACUUACUAAUGGUAAGAUCCUGAGACAGAACGCAUGCAUCCUUUGGCAGCUGAUUGUGCCCUGCACUAGAGAGGUCCAGAGAUGAUAUAUUUUGGGAUUGUAUUUCUCCACCCUGGAAUUCAUCCAGUUCAUUCCAGAAACAUUGACCCUUUGCUUCUGUGACACACCCUCACUGAAGGUCUGAUGGACAGACACUUUCUGUUGACCUUGCAGCUAUUUUCUUUCAUGUGGAAGCUGGAAGACAAAGUGGAUGUGGCCAAAAGUUACCGCUUUGGUGAUUAGGAGCAUUCUUCUUGGUUCUCAGAACAUGGGCCCUCGUUUAAAGAUGGCAGUAAGGAAGAGCUGGAGGAAAAACUGAACAAGUUUUCUUUUGCAGCUGCAGCUGUGAUCCUCGGCUGUCUGUUGGCAUUGAAGGGACCUGAUGUUUUACGUUAUUGGUGGCAUCACAGUGUCUGUGGUUGCAUUCUUCUUCACAAUUAAGUUCCUCUUUGAGCUUGCCGCACGUGUAGUCAGCUUCCUCCAGAAUGAGGACCGUGAACGCCGAGGGGACCGGACUAUUUAUGACUAUGUGCGGGGAAAUUACCUGGAUCCUCGCUCUUGCAAAGUCUCCUGGGAUUGGAAGGACCCCUAUGAGGUGGGCCACAGCAUGGCCUUCCGAGUGCAUUUAUUCUAUAAGAAUGGGCAACCUUUCCCUGCACAUCGGCCUGUGGGACUAAGAGUUCACAUCUCUCAUGUUGAGCUAGCAGUGGAAAUUCCAGUGACCCAGGAAGUCCUCCAGGAACCCAGUUCCAACGUCGUCAAGGUGGCCUUCACUGUGCGCAGGGCUGGGCGGUACGAAAUCUCAGUGAAGCUUGGUGGAUUAAAUGUAGCCUACAGUCCCUACUAUAAGAUUUUUCAGCCUGGAAUGGUGGUUCCUUCUAAGACCAAAAUUGUGUGCCAUUUUUCCACUCUUUUGUUGACCUGUGGGCAGCCGCACACUCUUCAAAUAGUGCCCCGAGAUGAGUAUGACAACCCUACCAACAAUUCCGCGUCCUUGAGAGAUGAGCACAAUUACAGUCUGUCCAUUCAUGAGCUCGGGCCUCAAGAAGAAGAGAGCACUGGUGUCUCAUUUGAGAAGUCAGUGACAUCCAACAGGCAGACCUGCCAGGUGUUCUUGCGGCUCACCCUGCAUUCCAGGGGCUGCUUCCAUGCCUGCAUUUCAUACCAAAACCAGCCAAUCAGUAAUGGCGAAUUUGACAUCAUAGUCCUAAGUGAGAAUGAGAGGAAUAUUGUUGAACGCAAUGUGUCCACCUCAGGAGUCAGCAUUUACUUUGAAGCUUAUCUGUAUAAUGCUGCCAACUGUACCAGCACUCCGUGGCACCUCCCGCCCAUGCACAUGAGCUCUGCCCAGCGCCGGCCUUCCACGGCUGUGGAGGAGGAAGAGGAAGAUUCGCCGUCUGAGUGUCACACCCCGGAGAAGGUGAAGAAACCGAAGAAGGUGUACUGCUAUGUGUCACCAAAGCAAUUCUCAGUGAAGGAGUUCUACCUGAAAAUCAUUCCCUGGCGCCUUUAUACCUUCCGAGUGUGCCCAGGAACAAAAUUUUCAUACCUCGGCCCUGACCCUGUCCAUAAGCUCCUCACAUUGGUGGUGGAUGAUGGCAUUCAACCUCCUGUGGAGCUCAGCUGUAAGGAAAGGAACAUCCUCGCAGCCACGUUCAUCCGCUCACUUCAUAAGAACAUAGGAGGCUCCGAGACCUUUCAGGACAAGGUGAACUUUUUCCAGCGAGAACUUCGGCAGGUACAUAUGAAAAGACCACAUUCCAAAGUCACCCUGAAGGUCAGCAGACAUGCCUUGUUGGAAUCGUCUUUGAAAGCCACUCGGAAUUUCUCCAUCUCAGAUUGGAGCAAGAACUUUGAAGUGGUUUUUCAGGAUGAAGAAGCUCUGGACUGGGGAGGGCCUCGCCGGGAAUGGUUUGAGCUAAUCUGCAAAGCAUUGUUUGAUACCACCAAUCAGCUCUUCACCCGAUUCAGUGACACCAACCAAGCAUUAGUGCAUCCCAACCCUAAUCGCCCCGCUCAUCUGCGCCUAAAGAUGUAUGAGUUUGCAGGGCGACUGGUGGGCAAGUGUCUGUAUGAGUCCUCUCUAGGAGGAGCCUACAAGCAGUUGGUCCGAGCUCGCUUCACUCGCUCUUUUUUGGCCCAAAUCAUAGGACUGCGUAUGCAUUACAAGUACUUUGAAACAGAUGACCCAGAAUUCUACAAAUCUAAAGUUUGUUUCAUCCUCAACAAUGACAUGAGUGAGAUGGAGCUGGUCUUUGCAGAAGAGAAAUAUAACAAAUCAGGUCAAUUGGAUAAGGUUGUAGAACUUAUGACAGGUGGAGCUCAAACCCCAGUCACCAAUGCCAAUAAAAUCUUCUAUUUAAAUUUGCUGGCCCAAUACCGGUUGGCCAGUCAAGUGAAAGAGGAGGUGGAACAUUUCCUAAAAGGCCUGAAUGAGUUGGUCCCUGAGAACCUUUUGGCUAUUUUUGAUGAGAAUGAGCUUGAGUUGCUGAUGUGUGGGACUGGGGACAUCAAUGUAUCUGACUUCAAAGCCCAUGCAGUGGUUGUUGGUGGCUCAUGGCAUUUCAGAGAAAAGGUCAUGAGAUGGUUUUGGACCGUGGUUUCCAGUUUAACACAGGAGGAGUUGGCUCGUCUGCUUCAGUUCACAACAGGCUCCUCUCAGCUACCACCUGGAGGCUUUGCUGCCCUCUGUCCCUCAUUCCAGAUUAUUGCCGCUCCAACCCAUAGCACACUACCAACUGCACACACGUGUUUCAACCAGCUGUGCCUCCCUACAUAUGACUCAUAUGAAGAAGUGCACAGGAUGCUGCAGCUGGCCAUCAGCGAGGGCUGCGAGGGCUUUGGCAUGCUCUGACCACUCUCCUGCCGUCCACUUGGCACCCGUGCUUUCUGGAGCAUCCAGGUGCACGUAACACACAUAACCACUGACCCUCACAUACACAUAACCAUCAGCCAGAAGCUGCUGCAUGCUCCCCAGUGUCUGGAGUAUUUGGUCGCCUACAGGCCUUGUCCUUCCCUCGCCCCCCUUCCUUCCCGUCUCCCCUACAGGCCACUUUGGCAGGUACGUAAUCUGAGCUGCUCACUCAGUUCCAAGAAAAGGGCCAUGCUGCUGUAAUUUCCAUUGGUUCCUAGAAGAUCUCAGUAGCGGGAGCUGCCUCAGUAGCUGAGGGAGAUUUCUUGGAGAGCUGGUAUUGCUCAGCGUAGCUCAGCCUCCUCUGCUGAUGCUCCUUAAACCUCCCUUCUGUGGCCCUACCUACUUGACCUGAAGUCAGCAAGUCCUUCUUGUGGGCAGGGUGAUUGCUGCUUCUCGCCAAAAGCAGCCCAGAUAGGAAGUAGCCCAUGUGAGCAGUCUUCAGUUUUGUCCCUCUGCACUGGACUUGUGCGCAGGCUGUGGCACUGGACUACCUCUCAUAGUGACUGAUAGCACAAAAGGAUCUUUUUUUUUUUUUUGAGGUGUCAGAACUGGAAAAGGAGCUUUCCUUGCAAGCAUUUCUAGAAAUGAUCAUUAAUCCAUCAAGAAGAAAUCUCUAAUAAGCUUUUUCUUGAAUAUGAGCCAGUGAGACAAACAGACAGACCUAAGAAUGUGAAAGAUAGCUGGGCUGUUGCCUCCAGUGCUGAAUGUGAUUCUCCUUUAGGGUUAUGGGGCAUGCCUAGGCACGUGGCUGGCUUGAAGACUACUGAUGCUUGUCCCUGAGUUUGUUCUUUUUACUGAGGCGUGGCUGGGCCUGGCCACUUACCUCCAAGUUAUGCAACCUGCUAAGAGCCGGGGAUUCUUUAGAUUUCUACCGAAGAAAAUUUUGGAGCAAGUGAUUAAGACAGUAAGAUAACAUGCUACUGAUGCCUGCUUCUCUCUCUGCGUGGUGUUCUUGGACAGCCCCAAGGCAAGGGAAAAGGAAUCAGUAAUUUAAUUGCUGAUCACAGGUCCUUAGGGUCAGGAUGCUGGGAACACAUAGAGGAGAUAUGUCAGACGAUAACACCUAGUUAUCCCAGUCACUUCUUGUCACUCCAUCAGUUACCAGGAAGGGGAACUAAGGAGGGAGGAAGAUAGAUUAGAUUCACUGUUACAUGAUGAUUGAAGAGAACUUGCAGCUGUUUCUUGGAAGAUGACGACAACCUUUUUCGUGAUUUGAAUGAAAACAUUUUCAAGACUCAAAAUUUCAUCGAGUUCCCAAGUUUCUGUUUUUAAGAAGGCUUUGCUGCAAGCUACCAUUCCCAGUGGGGCAUUCGACUCUAAGAAUAUUACAAGCCAUCUUUAUUGCCAAAACCAGCAAGUACAAAGAGUCCAGAGAUGAGGCGGGACUUGCAGCAAUGCCUUGGCCUCCUGGAAGCACGUCUGAGCCCUCCUGUUCCCAGGGAUCAUGAGGAACAUGCCUUCUGAGCUGCUACACUUCCUGCCUGACCUCACUCCUUUGCAGUUGUCAUUUGUCCUUCUUGGCAUGGAUGCUGACCUCACUCAUCCUUGGGGUCUAGGAUCUAGCAUCAGGGCCUCUAUACCCCAGGGUCCUCCAUGCCACAUGGUCACUGCUCUCCUCAGGGACCAGGACAAGGUGCUGCUGCCUGCCCCAGUGUUUUCCCACGGGAUAUGUACAGGCAGGUUUCAUCGUCCUCUUGGGAAACAUGAUGCUGCCCCUCGGGCCCAUAGAGGGAUUUCCAGCUGCAGGCACGUGGGCUGGUUCUGCUGUCUUUGGCCAUUGUUCCUCUUCUGGAUUCUGCAUUCUCCCCUCCAGAGACUGAUGCUGGAGCUUAAGUUGAUUUUCUUGGCUAGGUCUGUCAUUUUAAGCUCUAGUUACAGCACUUUUCAGAGCAUCCUGGGUACCAUUGCAGCACAGCUGCGUCCUGUGGUGGUUCUUAGCCCUAGGAUCUUUGUUUAACAAAAAAACCCUUUGGUACUGUUGUGGUUUUCUAUUCUUCUAGUUUACUCUCUCCUAAUUCUGUUGAAAAGUAUCUUUGCUCUUUUGACCUUUUUCUUUGACCUUUUUUCCUAAUCCUGCUUUGGAACUAGCCACUGUGGGGAAAGGUACAACAUGUCGGAGAGAAGGAAGAGUGUCUGUUACUUCUUGAGCAAUUUUCUAUUCACGUUUCUUAUUUUGUCCAGUUCUUUUAUUUAUGCCCUUGUGGCCCAGAUACUUGGGGGGCCAGCUAACCUCCUGGCCUUUGAGUGUCUUUGAAGGAGACCAGGCACCAAGUGAACACCAAGGAGAAUGUCAGCGCGUUUCUAGAACUUCAGCAGAGACCAAGCCCUGCUGCAAAUUUGUCAGGCCAGGCAAACAGGCCAGACAGUUGCAGUGGUAGUGUAAAAAUUUUGUACAGUAAAUAAAUGAAUGUUUAAAAGGA